AUGGCAGUAUGUGCCGACGAAUCGCAACCGGUUCGCCAUUCGUUAAUCCGGUUGGAACAGAUGAGUCAGAUGCAGAGUCUUCCUGAUUUGCGAAUCGCAGAUUCUGCUCCAGCAUCGAUCCAACACAUGGAAAAUCCCAAUCUGCUCAAGAGCAAGAGAGGUAAGCACGGCCCUGAAGCCAGGAUUUCAGCCAUGGAAGAAAGUGCUAUUACUCAGGCUAUGCGAACGUCCUCCAGUCGCCCUGGUGAACCUGUUUUCCUACCUGCUGUUGGCAUGGAGUUCAACUCCGCAAAAGAAGCAAAAGACUUCUACAACCUAUAUUCUUGGGAAAUUGGAUUGGGCAUUAGAAAAGGUCGAAACAGAGUGAAUGACAACAAUUUCACAACGAGGCAGGAUUUUGUAUGCUCAUGUGAGGGCCUCUGUCCUAACAGCAGGGCUGCAACCUGCAGGACUGGUUGCAAAGCCAUGAUCAGGCUUCAUCGCACCGGUGAUCAUGGAUUGGUUAUUUCUCGGUUGCACCUGCAACACAAUCAUCCUUGUUCUGCUACCCAUGGGCAGAACAAACAGUGGCUCUCACACAGAGACAUUGAUCCUAUGACCAAGGAUGUUCAGAAGCUCCGUGAAAAUAAUAUUCCUAUAGGGAGGGUUUGCAGCAUUCUAAGGGUUCACGGUACUCGAUCAGAAAUUCCUGUAAGGAAAGAGGCGGUAAGAUCUCUUUGCGCUAGAAUUGUCCAGGAUAAUAUUAAGGACGACAUAGGGAAGACAUUGGGCCUUCUUGAGCAGAUGAAAAGGAAUGAUGUUGGCAUGGAAAUCAGCUUUAAACUUCAUGAAGAUGGUAAGAUUAAAUUGAUGCUCUGGUGCACUGGAAAGAACAGGGCUGACUACGCAAAGUUCGGUGAUGUGGUGACAUUUGAUACUACCUAUCGCACGAAUUUAUAUAACCUCCCAUUUGGACUUUUUGUUGGUGUUAAUAACCACUUUCAGUCCAUUGUGCUUGGUGGGGUAUUGCUGACAACCGAGAAGGUUGAGGAUUUUGAGUGGGCUUUCAGCAAGUUUGUAGAAAUAAUGGGUGGCAAGGAACCCCACACUAUACUCACAGGUUGCUCUUCCGAAUCUCGUCAUAUGUGA